UAUAGCUAAUGCAUAUACCAGUCUAUCAUAUAUAGAAUUCGUGGAAUAUGGUCUUUUCAUAGUAUAUAAACCCAUUCAUCUUUAGUUGUAAACGCAUUCAUCUUUGCUCUUUUAAUUUUCCUUGCUCAUCUUUAGUUGUAAACGGCUUGUGUGCUUUUUAAUCCAUCCUCUGAUCAAAAAUAAAUAAAUAAAUAAACCCAUUCAUCUCAUUGCACUUAUUAUCAUCCCAACCCAACUACACUCCUAAUUGAAACUUACUAGAAUAUCACUUAAAAUUUGCUACAACCAAUAUGGCAAAAGUAAUGGUACAAGCCUUUCUUAGACUAGGAUUGCUCGUACUAGUUUUCAUUGGGAUGGCCCAAAUUGUUGGGGCUCAGAUUGAAACUAAACUCAAGUGUUCCGCAGACGGGUUCUAUAAUCUGUAUAGGCACAAUGUAACGCAAAUGAGUUCAAUUUUCCCUGAUUACUUCAAGAGUAUUAAAAUUGUUGAGGGUGAUGGAAUAAGCUUGGAUUCCAUUAGGUUAUGGCAAUAUGUUGUACCAGAAGUAUCUUCCAACGUAAUGGUGCUUAAGGAAAUGCUUAAAUCAGUAGACGACGAAAAUAAGGUCAAUCACAUUCAGUGUUUUCGGAGGGGAUUUAAUGAUUCUAUAUAAGAGUUUUGAUAUCACAAUAACUGUAACUCCUCAAGAUAUUGAUAAUAUCAAAGAGUCUGGUUGCAAAGUGAAGUGGUGGAUCGAGUAUGAGAAACGAACCGAAGAUGUUCGUGGUCCAGAUACUGUUAUUGGCCUUAUAGAUGGUGUUAUUAAAGAAUUGGGUAAUUACCUCCUCCAGUAGUAGCAUGCUUAAAGAUCGACUGACAAGCUCGAUAUGGAACGGUUUUUCAUUUUCUCUCUGAAGUGUGUAUGAUGUCUCAUAGUUUGGAUUAAUUUGCCAGGAAUCUGUAAUCAAACUCUAAUGUGUUAUUCCC